CACUUGAGAGCACUGGACGCUACCCAGGACUCUGGCAUAUGGCUCUGACGUGGUGGUCCUUUUCCCUUAGGAGCCUUUCAUAGGGAGGCAGAGAUUACAUAAAGAAUUGGAGUGAAGCCCACUUCCCCUCCCUUCUGGCACCCUCGGCGGCUUUUGUCCCAGGCAGAGGUCGAGGCGAGAGGGAGAACCUUAGGUGAAGGAGGGAAGGUGCUGGGUUGGCCAUGUCCCAAGUAAAGAAGAAUAUAGCAUCCAAAAAAUGUAAAGGAGUUUGCGGGCUGGCGGGUAGACAGACCAACAGAAGGGAGGGGCGGGGCGAGGAGCUGUAGCCCCGCCCCGGGAUGGAAAUAAAGGAGCAGCACUCCGCCUCCGGCGAGUUAAGAAGCCAAGCCCUCAGCCUGAGGAUAGACACGGUGGUUGCAAGCUCGUCCUGUGCUCCAUUCACUUUAGAAGAACCAUGGAUUACAAGUGUGCUCUUAGGGAAGAGACGGCGCGGCUGGUAACUGACUACCUGGAAUAUUGUUGCCGGAGGGAAGGCGUCCAGGAGCUGCCGGCCCCUACCCCUGCUGCAGCUACACUGCGUUUGGUGUCGAGCGAGCUCCGCCAGAUUUACCAGGACUUCUUCGAGUGCGCCCUGAAUCAGCUACUCGACCGGGAACCUGAGCAAGUAAUCGUCAACGUAGCGGAGCUCAUGGACCGAGGCGAGUUCAACUGGGGCCGGGUGGCGGUGCUAGUGGUUUUUGCCGGGGCGCUGCUGGAGAUGGAGGAACUACUGAAAGAGGAGCAGGUACUGCAGCUUCGGAGGGAAACGAGCCGGCGUCUGACCGAAAAACUCUGCAACUAUCUGGUGGAGAGGAAGGGCGCGUGGCUGCAUGAGAACGGAGGCUGGACUGGCUUUCACCACCACUUCGAAAAAAGGCAAUCUCCUCCACCAAGUGACUCAAGUAAUAAUACACUGUGCUGCAUAAUGGCAGCAGCAGCAGGAUUUGGACUAGUGGGAUUAGCUCUUUUAUUAGUCGUACGAUAAUGGAUUUUAAACUGUUUAUACCAGUCUUGGAAGCAAAGACCUAAGAUUUGGAAGAGGACCAGGUGCAGAAGACAGAAUGAGUGACCUACAGUUUAAGACUAUAAAAGCAGGAAGAAGCAAUUGGGUGAACAUGAACAAGUAAACAGAUGAACAGAACUGUUAAAGGAGCAUUUGAAAAUGUGUAUCUUUUAGUUUUUGAUAAGAAUGAGUCAUCUUAAACAUUGCCAUAAAAACUGAUGUCUUCAGCCACUGCUCCCACCCACCCACCCACUCACGACCCAUUCUCCUUAUAAACUGGUUGGCUGUUCAAAGGCUUUUGUGGAAGGGGAUUUGAAAUGUUGGUACUUUCCUUUUUGUAAAAGCAGUUUAUGGUGUGUUUUGUAAGGUGAUGGAGGAAAGCCUCAUGUCUUAUCUAAGAUUUCAAAUGCUUUUAAUAAUGGGUAUCUGAUACCUUUCCUUAUAAAGUAUUGGAUGGCUACAGUUUAGUAAAUAGUUCAAAGUCCUCUGAAUUCUGGAAUUCCUGGGGUCUCUGUCUCAAUAGAUCUUAAUAUAUUUUCAAAGUAUUUAUCACUUCAGUGUAGCCUCUUUUUUUAUUCAUUUUAAUGAGUUCUAUUAAAAUCAUUUUCUUAUUAA